GCUUGCUGGCAGUAGGGCACGCGCGGCCUUCUCAUUGGCCCGGAGGACACCCGCUCCAGACCCGGAGACGCAGACACGGGCCACGGGGCUGCCAGAGUCGAGCGCGGGGAAGAGCUCGCCGCCGCCGCUCGGUCACUGGCUGGCCGGGAUCCGGGCAGGCCGCGAGAAUCUUGCUUCACAAUACCUAAGACCAUCAAGAGAGACAAAGGGUCAAGUACCUCACUCCAACUUAUCUAAGAACAGCAAGACAGUCAUCAGGACAAGAGUGAAUAUAUGAAGGAGGAAGUGGGGGAAUCUGCUGAAGAUGAGGCGACUGAAUCGGAAGAAGACCCUGAAUUUGGUGAAAGAGUUGGAUGCCUUUCCAAAGGUUCCUGAGAGCUAUGUAGAGACUUCAACAAGUGGUGGAACAGUUUCUUUAAUAGCAUUUACAGCUAUGGCUUUAUUAACCAUAAUGGAGUUUAUGGUGUAUCGAGACACGUGGAUGAAAUAUGAAUAUGAAGUAGACAAAGAUUUUACUAGUAAAUUAAGAAUCAAUAUAGAUAUUACUGUUGCCAUGAAGUGUCAAUAUGUGGGGGCUGAUGUUUUGGAUUUAGCAGAAACAAUGGUUGCCUCUGCAGAUGGUUUAGUUUAUGAACCAGUAAUAUUUGAUCUCACUCCCCAGCAAAGAGAGUGGCAGAGGAUGCUGCAGUUAAUUCAGAGUAGGCUGCAGGAAGAACACUCCCUUCAAGAUGUGAUAUUCAAAAGUGCUUUUAAAAGUGCUUCAACAGCACUGCCACCAAGGGAGGAUAAUUCAUUACUGCCUCCAGAUGCAUGCAGAAUUCAUGGUCAUCUAUAUGUCAAUAAAGUGGCAGGAAACUUUCACAUAACUGUGGGCAAGGCAAUUCCUCAUCCCCGAGGCCAUGCACACUUGGCAGCCCUUGUGAGCCAUGAUUCAUACAACUUCUCUCAUAGAAUAGAUCACUUGUCUUUUGGAGAGCUCAUUCCAGGAAUUAUUAAUCCUUUGGAUGGGACAGAAAAAAUUGCAUCAGAUCACAACCAGAUGUUCCAAUAUUUUAUCACAGUCGUGCCAACAAAACUCCAUACGUAUAAAAUUUCAGCAGAAACUCACCAGUUUUCCGUGACAGAAAGGGAAAGAGUGAUUAACCAUGCAGCUGGCAGCCAUGGGGUAUCCGGGAUAUUCAUGAAAUAUGACAUCAGUUCACUUAUGGUGACAGUAACAGAAGAACACAUGCCCUUUUGGCAGUUCGUAAUAAGACUCUGUGGUAUUAUCGGUGGAAUUUUCUCAACUACAGGCAUUUUACAUGGCAUUGGAAGAUUCAUAGUGGAAAUUAUCUGCUGUCGUUUCAAACUGGGCUCUCACAAACCUGUCCUACUUCCGGAUGGCCACAUAAACAACCACUUACCUCUAAUUACAGACAACAGUAUGCAUUAGCACCUCCUUGGGAAACUUUUUUUCUUUCUUUCUGCCUGAUACAGAAGACAAUUUUUAUAAUAAAGAAAACAUUGUGCAAUAUGUUGAGACAGUGCUCAUGGGAAGCAAAAAUCAAGCCUUUUAAAAAAACAGUCUGUGUAAUUUGUCUCUCUUAAGUGCACAUGGAGUCGAAGGAGGCCAGGAAGCCCCGUGAAGCCAACCUCUUCUUGAGCUAGCAGAAGCAUUACUGAAGAGAGACAAUAUUUGCAGUGAAACUGAGUGUCUUUGCAAAAACUGCCAUCAGCACUGAAGUGUCAGUGUAGUGAUCUGGAUUCCAGGCCUGCGAAGUCAGGCAAACACCUAUGAAAGCUAACACAUAUGCAGAAUGCAGAGAGAGCCCCAUGCAGUGUUCAGCGUGCAGUGCAGCAAGCAAGGGUGGCUGUGAUAAUUGUAGUUUAAGAAGCCAGGAUUUGCUGCUAGGUUUUCAGAAAUGGACGUGAGACUUUAAUUUUUUUAAAUGAGUAGGUAGAGAAGGCUUCGAUGCU